AUGAUGGCAAUUGAUGGGGCUGCUGUUUUGGGGGCUCAGCGUGUCGUUUUUGAGUCUGAUUGCCUAACAAUGAUUAAUGCUCUAAAUGGGCGGGAGUAUGAUGCUGCAGAGCUGGGCGUCCUCUUCAGAGAAGCUAGAAGUUUAUGCCGGCUUUCCUUUGAGUCUUAUGAUUUCAGGUUUUGUCGUAGGGGCUGUAAUUUAAUUGCGCACAAUCUGGCGCAGUUUGGCCUAGGGGCUGUUGUUUCCCUAUCUGUGUGGGAUGUAGAAGCCCCAGACUUUGUUUCGGCUCUGGUUGGCACCGAGAUGGUGAACCAGGUUUAA